GAAGCGAUUGAUAUCUGCCCUCCUGCCUAAAAUGUCCUCCAUAGCAUGGAUGCAGCUUUCAUCAUAUGUCACCUUUUACGAAACCUGACCCUUUUUCCUCUCGCCAGCUCAUCCUCAUCGAUGGUUCAGGUCCUGUCCCACCACCAACCACACUGGCUUCACUUCGCAGUCCCUCUACCAAAGACAGACACAAACCGCCCAUUCAGCUCCAAGCGGACAGCGCUCCGUCGCCGCUCCCUACCUACUCAUCUAGCUACCACCUGUUCAACUGCUUCUCAAAAGAAUGGACCAGGUGUGCGAUUGGCCUCAAGCUCGUCAAUGCAAGUGCAUAAAUCCAUUCACCAACGAUACAUGUCACAUUUCUUGCCUCUUCGCCCAAACUUCUGCAGUCAGCUCAAGUGCCGACGGGAGCAUGAUAUUCCCCAGGUCAAAGAGAGGCACGAAAAAACUAACGGAGACACGAGGUGAGAACCUAAAGCAACCCACCAUUGUAUUCCUGACAGACUCCCAUGUGCUGUGCCGCACAAACAGCUUCUUUCCCCCCCGGGGAAGAAAAAAAAAAAAAAAAAA